CGCCUUCCUCGCCUGCUGGGUAGUCUGGUUUGAGCAGGGUAGUCGGUUUUGAGGAAGGUUCGUAGCCAACGGCUCCUAGGCCGGCUGCUGCCGCCGCCUGCACCGCCCCCUACACUACGCAGUCGAGAGAAAAUGGUGGGUCGGAACAGCGCCAUCGCCGCCGGUGUAUGCGGGGCCCUUUUCAUCGGGUACUGCAUUUACUUCGACCGCAAGAGACGGAGUGACCCCAAUUUCAAGAACAGGCUGCGAGAGCGAAGAAAGAAACAGAAGCUUGCCAAGGAGAGAGCUGGGCUUUCCAAGUUACCAGACCUUAAAGAUGCUGAAGCAGUUCAGAAAUUUUUCCUUGAAGAAAUACAGCUUGGUGAAGAGUUACUAGCCCAAGGUGAAUAUGAGAAGGGUGUGGACCAUUUGACAAAUGCAAUUGCUGUGUGUGGGCAGCCACAGCAGUUAUUGCAAGUGUUACAGCAAACUCUUCCACCACCAGUGUUCCAGAUGCUUCUCACUAAGCUGCCAACAAUUAGUCAGAGAAUUGUAAGUGCUCAGAGCUUGGCUGAAGAUGAUGUGGAAUGAAAAACAAAUGUCAACAUAAUAAAAUGUCAAUUAAAAAUAUUUUUAAAAUUCUCAACUUGGAAGAUGAGCCGCUCUAGGGGAAUAAGGGCAAAUAUGCUUAUUAUGGACUGUGUACUACACUGAUACCUACCAAAGUUAGUUUUUACUUUGUGUAGAUUCAUUUGUUUUAUUUAUAUUUCCCAGUGAAAAGUGUAUUUUGAUAGCUUUUCAUUUUAUAAAUAGACUGAGUUAUCAGAAUACCAUGGAUUUUGUUUAUUCCUAAAACACAGUUAAGAUGUACACAUGACAUUACCUGUGUUAAGAAUACCUAGUGCUCAGUUUUGAAAGAUAAGGGAAAAAGUAGAUGCUGAAGAAUACACGUUUUAAAAGCUAGUACAUUUUAUACAUCAGAAAUUUGAAUGAAAAUUGUGUUUAUUAAAACUGAGCAUAAAAUUAAGAAAGCUUUUCCAUUUAAUCUCUUAAAUAUAAAUAAGUGAGAUGAGUUGCUGUGUUGUAUUAACUUUACUCCCACCCCAUGUAUUUGUCUUGAGAUGUUUAAAUCAGUGAACGUAAUAUGUUCUGGUUAUUUAUCUCCCUGUACUUUAAAUAUAUGUAGUUGCAAAUAUCCCUGGGAAUUAGAUCUGUGUACAACCCUAACCUAGCUGCGUGAUCUUUGCUAACUCAUAUCUGCUCCCUUAUUUAUGAAAUGAGGGAAUCAAUCCACUAAUCUCUGAGGUGUCCCUUUCAGCUCCUAGUUUAUGUGGUUCUGUUCAGCAUCUUCACAUCCACUCUCUGAGGAGUAUGUUUUCUUGGAUGAGUAGUCCUUGCAUUUUUUGUACUCUACAUUUUGCAUGCUUGCCUGACUUUGUAUUUCUGAAUUGAUCUUUUUAUUUAAAAGUCCAACUAUCAUGUUGAUUUUCACUGAAAUCCGUUAUGGUUCUGUGACUACUCUGUAUAUUAAUCCGAAACUUACCCUUUAAGAUAACUGGGAUGAUCUGCUUGUAAAAAUAUGUUUGUUCCCCUUCACUGUACCUCCUUAAUCCUACUUCAGCUUGGUUCAUUUCUCUUGGUGAAUGUUGAGAGUAAGGUGUAACCUUGUGGCUGAAGACUUGAAUGAAGCUAGUGGGAUUUCUUAUUCUCAAAUGUUGGCUAGUUAUCUGCAGUCACAGAUUCAAUUUCAGUACUGAGAAUAAGGAUCCUUGGUGCUUAGUGGCAUCUGCUCGGCUAAGCAUUUCACAUUGUACAGAUUGACUUUAUUCUGUUUAAAAAUCUCUGGACAGACCCCAAAGAUUUUUCCUGUGUACUUUUUAUUUUGGUUUACUUAAACUUUCUCAGAGUUUUUUUUUUUUUUUUUUUUUGUGGUGGUCGUGGUAUAGUGGAAAGUUUGGAAUAUAGUUCUAAGUUCUGCCUCUAAUUAGCCGCACAGCCUUGGGCAAGUCAUGUUACAUGCCUGAAUUUACCUCUAGUUUUCUCACUUAUAAAAUUAGAACAUCAGGCUAGAUGACUUGAACACUUAAGGACUCUUACUUAAGUACCUUCCAGUUUGUGAUUCUGAACCCUUAAAUAGUGUGUUUUUGGGGAGAGAUGACCAGUACAAACAUGAUGGUUAAAUCAAAUCAAUGUAUUGAUGACUGAUCAGUAGUUGAUUUUGUAGCUGAGAAACUUCUGCCUUUCAACAGCCUGAGUAUAGAUAGGAUAGAGGUGAAAAAAAGAGCAAGGGACAGACAACUUGGCAAGAAAAGAAUGGGCCCAGAAAAACUAAGAACUGGUUGAAGGAAAGAAGGGUUAACUUAGUUUUGGGAGGGUAGAAAGAAUUCAUAUAUGCACUUGAGAGCUGUAGUGUAAUACAAGCUUGGUAUCACUUGGCUUUCUCAAAAACUAGAUCAGCUUUGAAAUGGCAGUGAUAACUUUAGCUUCAAGUGACAGCUUUGUUACUUUAAAGGUACCAUUUUUGAAAGCUGGCUGUGUUGGGUAAAAAAUAAAACUGCUGUUUUUAACUCUUCCAGAAAAAAUAAUUGCUGAGUACUAUCUGUUUCUUACCUGAAGUUUCACACCACCAGGUAGUGGUGGUGAUGCUGACCAAAUGGUCCUCAGUAGGUGGGCACAGAACAGCCCAAGAUUUUAGUAAUAAACUGGAUGUUCACGUGUGCUGAUGUUGCACAUGUGUAAAACCUUUGGAAAUGGAAAAUAUUUAUUAGUGCAUGUUGACAUGCUUCUUUGGGCAAAGAUCUGUUUGGUUCCAUAAUUUGUUCUUAAGGUGCAAGAGCAUUUAAAACAUAGGCUUUCCUGAUGGUAGCAGUGCUGUUUUAUUAAUGGAUAACUGUAGAAUCUACGUUCACUCUAACUUACGUGAAGUGUAUAAAACCUUGUGUAGUGUGCAUAGUAGGGGUCAGUAAACACUUGAUUCCUCUUUCACCUAAGUAAGUUUGACGUUUUGCCACCUAUCUGCUUGCCUGCCUUUGUGACUUCGUUCAAUCAGCCUGUGGACCAGAGUAUUAAUGAAAUGUUACUGCAGAAGAGAGUUUGAGAAAUUGGUAUAUCAUGUGGACAUGGUACAAAAUUUUCUUCUUGUGAUGUAAAAAAUGCAGUUUUUAUUAUUGCUUGUGCCUCAGCUGUUUAAGUGAUUAUUAAAGGGCUUGGAGAAAAUUUUGGCUUGUUGUAUAUUUGCUGAAGUGAAUUCUAAUGAAUUUGAUGACGUUAAAGCAGUGGUACCUAACUUUUCUAGGUUAGUAUCCUUUUCAGAGUGUUGAGGGCUGUGAAACUUUUUCCCCAGGGAGAUGCAUAUUUGCAUUUGACUUCAGGGGGCUCACACAUUCCAGGUUAAGAACCCCUGCUUUAGUGUUAAUAGGUGACUGAGUCUCUAGUAGUGGUUCUCAAGCUUUAGCACAUACCAGAAUCCCCUGGAGGGCUUGUUAAAACACAGGUUUUUGGGCCCUACAGAUGGCUGUGCCAUAGAUCUAGGGCAGUGCACAAGUAAUGGCAUUUCUAACAGGUUCCCAGAUGCUGCUGCUGCUGCUGGUUUGGGGAUCUCACUGAAAGUGAGACACAGCGAAGCUUAAUGGUGAUGUGAAAAAAGUGAAUAGAGAAUCCUCAUGAGAGUACUAGCUGUGUUAAGGUCAUAGAUUAUGUAUUUCAGCACUGUAGAAAUGAGAUGUGUAAUUAAAAAGCCCCUUAUUGGUAGCAGCAGGUGGUGUUUGAGAAUACCUGAUACGUUUACAUUAUUGAUAAUAACCUGAAGCGUAAGGACCAUUAAUUGUCAGACUUGAAAUUAUGUUCAGGAUAGUCUAGUUCACUUAAAGAUUAAGGUAUUUUAUGAGAUUUUUUCCCAGAAAAAUAGCCCAUCAGAUAGACAAAUCAGUUAAAGCAGAAAUUAAUUCCCUAAGUAUCUUAGUUGUGUUUUGGUUUUUAUUCCAUAUUUGUGCGUUUGGGUGAAUGAAAAUUAAAAAUUUUUUUUUCCUUUUUUAGUUAGAAGUAUUGUAGAGCACAGUGCAUACAUAUUGUCCACCUUUUAAAGGCUACAGUUGCUUUCUGAAAACAGUCCAAAAGGCAUUGUGGAAGGUUCUGAACCUUGUUUAAUUCUCAUUAACUACUGAUAAUGGGAGUCAAAUACUUUGACAUAGUCAUGACAAAGAAGCUAGGAGUACCAGAGGGUAGAGGUGAUGUUGAAGACGAAGGGAGAAAAAUAGAGAGUAGACACUGGCAAAGCUGGAGCUAGAUCUGAAAAGAGUGGUGGUACUGGUGUCCAGCAGUGUGAUCUGAAUAUUCAGGAAAACCAACUAAAUCCCACUGGCACUUCAAUGAGACCCAUGUGCCCCUCCCUUUCUUUUGUUGCUUGGGGAAGUAGACUGAAUUGAACUGGCCUUUCAGUUUGUCCUUUGGGAGGUGGUUCUAAAACUAGAACCUGUUCCAGUUUACCCAGAGUAACUGAAAAGACUAAUUCAGUAACAAGUGUAGAAACCCAACCCUGAACUACGUAAGGAAAAUUGCAGCAUUUGUUAGCUUUUUAGGACGAGGAGAGGAUCUAGCCUUUAAGAUUAGAACCAGGUUCUUCAGACAAGGACAACUGCCUCCAUCUCUGCUUCUUCCAAAGGCUUUUCACAAACAGGCCUAAGGAAGCGGCUAGAGCUCUGGGCACUUGCAGCUCCAGGUCACAUAAAUGAUGACAGUAGCACUGAGCUCUGUAUUAAACUCAUUUAAUGCUCACAACGCUGUAAGGUAGUUUCUUUAUAGGUGAUGAAAUGGAGGCACAGCUUAAGAAACCUGCCCAAAGUUGCAUGGUAAGUGGUAGAUUGAGGAUUUUCAUUUGGAAGUUUUAACUUGGAGGUGUACUUGAUUACCAGUUUGACAGCUAGCAUCAAGGAGUUGGGAGGACUUUUUUAAAAAAGAGUGGGGAUACUUUUUACCAAAGAAGAGAGACAUAAUGGGCAAACAAACCAAAAUGGCCAUUAUAUAAUUCCAGUUGCAGAUAGAAUGGAUGCUUGCUUCUUGUGAGAAUGCAAAGCUUGAGAAGUUGAAAACAACACUGAAGUCUUGGGUUGUAUCUUUUAAAAAUGAGGGCUUUUUUGUGUGUUCAGAUCUGUAAUUCUGCAGUUUACUAUAAACAUUUCUUCACUUCUUCCCAUGAAGUAAAGUCAGUGCUUGAGGGUGUGCUGUGACUUUCUAAUCUCCUGUCCCAGAGUGGACUAGAUAAGCAAAACCAGAGUGAGUUGGGAAGGUUCAGUGGGAGAGCAGGUCAACUCUGGAGGGCUGGAAUGAACUGCGGCUAGAGCCAGAGGCAUGGGAGGUGGGGUUCAGAGAACGGAGGAGUGGGAUCUUUGCUAGAACUUGUGCCUCCUUAGACUGGCGAAAGUGCACUGUUUUAUCUAAAAAUUCUUCGUAGUUUCUCCAUCUUCCUGGAUGAUUUUAUUUCUGUGGCUUCCGUGGGUGGCUAUCUGUUGCAGAUGACUCCCAAACUGAGUGGGAGGAGCCAUACUAGGUGUUGCUCACUGCUGGCUCAGCAUCAUUUGGAUGUCCACAGGCAGCUGGAAUUAGCAUACAGGAUUGAAUUCAUUUUCCCUUGAACCUGUUUCUCCUGAGCCACCCCUUACCUGUCUGUCGUCUGCUCACUAUAUCCCAUCAGCUUCCAAACCCUGUCCCUCACUGUGUCUCCAACCCAUUCCACUGCUUCAGCCUCACUGCCACUGUGUAGAACAGUUUGCUUCAGUUACUGCACAGCUGCAUCCAUUCCAGUCUAUUCCACUGCCUAAGCAAUUGUUCUGAAACAUCAAGUCCCUCUCUCGUAUGGCAUGCAGGGUCCUCAUAAUUUGACCUGAUAAACUCCAGCCUCAUUCCACAGAUGUCCUACUUACCUCCCACACAUGGAAACUCAUACACACAAGAUCUGGUCAUACUGAAUUCACUUCCCCCAAAUGUGCCUUUUCCAGUGGCCGUCUUGUCUUAGGGCUUUGGCACGUGAUGCACCCUAUGCUGUGGGCACUUUGCUAAUCGCACAGUAUAUCUGGGUGGACAAAAGAAGGCCAUGCCUCACUGAUUCUGCUCUCCAGUGUAGGUAUUCUUCGUGAAGCUUUUCCUGGGGUAAGGUUAGGUGUCCCUUGUCAGAGAUUCUGUAGAACCCUGGGAUAGUCUUACUAAGGUCUAGUGUAGUUUUUUGGUGACUUAGUCUCUCAGUAGACUACCUCUGGAGCCCUGGUGGCACAGUAGUUAAGAGCUACAACUGCUAACCAAAAGGGCGGCAGUUCGAAUCCACCAGCUGCUCCUUGGAAACUCUAUGGGGCAGUUCUGUUUUGUCUUGCAGGACUGCCCAUCUCUUAGGAUGUAUGUCUUACUGAACCUUUAAUUGCCAGCAUAAAGCAUAUUAUAAGUGUUCAGUAAAUACGUAAUGAAUGGAAGUCCAAAUGGGCAGAAUUGGGCUGGGAACUUUUUCACAGUAAAAUUAGUAUAAAUGUUUAUUUGGGAUUACACAUGCAGGAUAACUGGAAGGGAAAAGUAAGUAUAUAUAAUGCAUAUAAAGUACAUAAUUAUGCAUUUUAAAUAUAUAUUUAAAAAGUGAGUUAUUAGUCAUUUGCUUAGAAAUACACAAAGUCCAAGAAUAGGAAAAGGAACAUUAUUUAUUAGCCUUCUUCAUAUAUUCCUUGAUAGCCACUCUGGUAGCUAACAAAAUGUCAACAAAGCAAACCUGGUAGCCAUUGAAAUAGCUUUUGUAAAGUUAAACAAGCCCCAUAAUUUCGAAUCAUUCUAAACUGUUAAUCCUUUUCUUGAAAGCAUUGUGGGGUGAAUUUUGUGUCAUAUAUUAAUUAAGGCUGCUGUUCUGUGGACCAGGAACCCUGGUGGUACAGUCGUUAAGCGUGAGGCUGCUAACCAAAAUGGUUCGGACCCAUCAGCGGCUCUGCGGGAGGAAGAUGUUGCAGUCUGCUUCCGUAGAGAUUACAGCCUUGGAAACCCUAUGGGGUGGUUCUAUAUGGUUGCUAUGAGUCAGAAUUGAUGGCAACGGGCUUGGUAUUCUGUGGACCAAUUUAUACUCUGCUUUUUUCAAUCCCUUUGAAAGGACAAUUGUUUUGUUCUGUUGUUUUUUUUAGCUUUCUUUUGAGCCAGAUGAGCUAUAGACACCAGUUGAGGUGGCACCUCUUACAGAACUUUGAAGACUUGGAAUUUACUUUAACAGAUGACUGCUUUCCAAAUUCACAUUUAUAUUCAGAAAAAGAUGCUGGCUAACAUGACCAUGUCCUUACUGUUUGAUGAUGGAAGACAGGAUUUUCCAAAUCUUUAGCUCUCUAGAUAUUACAUUAAACAUCGCACAAGCUCAAUUUAAAUAAUAUUACUGAAUAGAAUAGUAUAGGCAUGACUGUAGUCUCAAUAAGGGUUUUUUUUUUUUUUAAAUAACAUUGUGUUUAUUGUGGUUUAGGUGAUAAUUUACAGAGCAAAUUAAUUUCCCAUUCAAAAAUUCAUACACAGCUUGUUUAGUAUAAUGGUUGCUACCCGCUCAGUGUGUCAGUACUUUCCCCACUUCCUCGCUGGGGUCCCUGUUUCCAUUCGCCCAGCUUUCCUGCCCUUGAGUGCUUUCUGAACUUUGCUUUCGGGCAAAUGCUGCCCUUUUGGUCUCAUAUGGUUGAUUCAAUAAGAGAUUUUGUGGUUUUAAUUCUGGCUGUGAUCACUGGCUGGCUGACCUUGGGUACUGAAUGAUUUAACCUUGGCUUCUUAUCAGUAAAAUGGAGAAUAAAUGAAAUGAUGUGCCACCGUUA